AUGACAACUGAGCUGCCUUAUCAUUUAAGAAACGGCACGUCAAAGGUUAUCGUGACAAAGACAUUGGUUAAAUCUUACGAUCCGCAAACAGGCAAUAAACUCAUUAACAACUACAUGCUUUUGAACGAAAUUGGAAGAGGCGUUCAUGGUAAAGUCAAAUUAGCACAAAAUAUUCAAACUGGGGAACUGGUUGCACUGAAAAUAGUCGAUAAAAGGAAUCGAAAAAGACAAAUGGGAUAUGGUUUGUUAAGGGGAAGCCAUCAUCAAAAUGGGUCAGAUAACAACGCACCAAAAGAGUAUGAGCAGAAGAUUAUAAGGGAGAUAUUGAUUUUACAAAAAUGCCUUCACCCAAACGUGGUGCGACUUUAUGAGGUCAUUGAUAUACCAGAAAAUAGAAAAAUAUAUAUGGCCUUAGAAUAUACCGAAAAUGGAGAGAUUGAAUGGAGAGAUGAUAAUGAUAAACCAAUCAUGUCGAGUGAGCAAUCUAGAAAGAUAUUUCGGGAUAUUGUGAACGGUCUGGACUACUUACAUUAUCAGGGAGUGCUUCAUAGAGAUAUUAAACCAGCCAACCUACUGUUGACACAAGAUGGGACGGCCAAGAUUUCUGAUUUUGGUGUAUCUUACUAUAAUGAAUUGUUAGCAGCCUAUAACAAAAGAACGCCAACUCCAAAUGAAUUGUCAAAGAUGGAAAAGGAGCUAUCUGAAACUGUGGGGACGCCUGCAUUUUUCGCUCCUGAACUAUGCUCCGCUGUAGACAACUUCAGCACACAUACUGCAGGAACACUACGAAUAUCAAAGCCAAUAGAUGUUUGGGCAUUGGGCGUGACACUUUACUGCUUUAUUUUUGGGCGUUGUCCCUUUUUGGCCUCAACAGAGUUUGAGUUAUUCGACACAAUACCCACACAACCUUUAAGAUUUCCUAAAAAAGAAGAUGUCGGAUUUGAAAUUGGAAAAGAUCUAGAAGAUUUACUUUUGCGGUUAUUAACAAAAAAUCCUGAAGAUCGGAUCACAUUAGAUCAAGUCAAGGUUCAACCUUGGGUCACGGAAGAUUUGGAAAAUCCUCAAGAAUGGCUCAUCAGAACACAACCGCAAAAUUAUUCAGCUGGGCAAAUAGUUCAGACACCUACACUAUUGAGCGAAACUGACAAUGCGGGCAUUAUGGAACGAUUAAGGCAGUCAAUUAAAAGACUUUCUAUCUUUGGAAACAAACGCAAAACUGCUAUUUCAUCAUCUUCUUUUCAAACCAAUGAUGAAAGUGCUAUAACCAAUGAUACCUAUGCCUCUUCCCUACCUCGUUAUUCUCAAUCCUAUAUUAGCAGGCAUCAACCCCUUCAUUCGCAGAUAACAACGUCUGUGACACCAGCAACUUCAUUAAUAACUGAAGCUACAACAGCUACGGGUGGCUCGCAAUUACUGCCGAUAAACAAUGGUAUAUCUCAUUCUAGAAUGCGACAAUCGAUAUUGUCAAAUGUCUCAGUUCGAGAAGGAAGUUGUUUGGAUGAUGACAGAAGCCUAGAAGAUUUUAACGCAUCGAUACCCUCUUCUUUCAAACGACCCCAGAUAAGUCGACAAACUUCCUCUGCUUCCUCAGCAUCUUCAGGGAUGGGCUUAACCUUUGGCAACUAUCGCAAUAGAAUGACACCAAUUUCAUAA